AUCUACCCUUCUCUUUCUUUAAAAACGUGGUUCUCUCUCGCAUCCAACUUGCACACAGUUUUGCGCUCCUAUUUCCCUUCCAUAUCUAUAUGUUCUAAGGAUUAGUCGAUUCGCUUAAGUUCUACUGUUUACUGCUUACAUUUUUUUAUGUGCCACGACCUUUACAGGCAGAAAUAUCGUGUAUGAAUGAUAGAACGUGCGAGACAGGUGAAUAAUGUUCAAAAAGAACAACUCUUUCUUGUUUUUUGUUCAUUGUUAAUUACAAUUACUGGUGAAUUCGCGGUAUGCUGAAAAAGCUGAAACGGUCUGAACUUUAUUUUCCACUAUAUUUUCUUGACGCCGAAUCUAGAGAAAGUCUAGUGAUUUUAAUUUGACGCUGAUUUCUCCAUUAAGCGCAGUUUUCAUUGACGCUAGAAACCAGCGUCAAACGGAGAUCACGUGACUAAAUCUGUCGCUUGUCUAAUGAAGGGAGAAGUAGUGGCAAAAUAUGCGCGUCGUGAACCGCCGAUAAAAUUGAGAAUAUAAUGGCUUACAGACAGAAAUAUCGUGCAUGGAUGACAGAACGUGUGAGGCAGUAUAUGUAUAACCAGUAGCGUCACUCAAGAAAAAUAGCGUCGGAGAAAUGCUACGGCGCAUGCGUUGGAUUACUAUCCACAAUAUGGCGUACAGUGAGUUGUAAACACAUUUCAGGUUUGAAAAUAUUUUUAAAAAACAUUGUUAUAAUAAUGGAACGUCGCGUAGUUGUUGGUGGUUUCACGUGCGCAAUGCAAGAUUGCAAUGAAAAUUCCGGCUCCAGUCGUCACUUGAGCUUUUUUCGCUUUCCAUCUCAUCCAGAAAGAGCACAAUUGUGGCUACAAGCAUACGGAAUAAAAAAAGAUAUUGCACCAAAAAAGUUAUAUAAUAAUUAUAGAGUUUGCUCAAAACAUUUUCUAUCUUAUAUGUUUUUGAACGAUUUAAAGAAUCGACUUCAACCACAUGCAGUUCCGUGUGCAAUUUUUAACAAUGAUGAUACGAAUAAAGAAGAUACUACAUCUACACAAAAUGAAAUCAAUAUAGAAACUUCAACAAAACAUUCUACAAUAAGCAAUGUAGAAGCAAAUGUAUUAAGUGCUGUGACCAUGUGUUCGACAACCGAUAUGACAGAUGUAAACAUCAAUUUCACUGACAAUGAGACUGUGUCAACUAAUGAUCCGGCAUGUACAAAUGAACACAAAGCUACUCAAAUGGAAUUAAAAUUAUUGAAUAAUACUUCAAGAAAACAAGCUCUUAAAAGAAAGUGUGAUGCUGCUGAAAAAAGAGCAAAACGCGCAAAAUUAAAAUAUAAGGAAAAAAAUAAGAGUAUAGAAGACAUUCAGUGAUUUUCAAAAACUUUUGUAUAAAUUUUAUCCAAAACCCAUAGCUGAUUUUAUGAAAGCUCAAGCAGAUAAUCUU